AUGUCUACGCAGCAGACCGAUGGAGGCUUGACUAAUGUCCAUACUGAUGAACAUGGUCAGUGUCUCACACCUGAGCGUUCCGCGUCUAGGACUAAUGUUGUAGGAGGGUCUGUAGGGGGUGCAGCUUCACCAGAUGGAGUUCAGGCUGCGGCUCCACCACGGCAAGCCCAGCUCGAAGCCCCACCAGAAGAAGGGCAAGCCCCGGUUCCACUAGGGCAGGCCCAGCCACCUGCCCCUUCGGUGACAAGCGCGCAAUUACCUUCCCCGUCGGGGGGCUUAGAAGGCGACACAGACAUGGACGAUGCAGAGGAGCCAUACAAGCCCAGUGAUUCGGACCGUCGGUGUAUGAUUGCAGAUAUCCUCAGUGCCACAGAUGACCCAAAUACAAUUCGACGUGCUUGGGAAAAGAAUAUUCCCGAAAACUGCAAUAUUAAUUACAAGCAACUGAUGGCUAUUUUGCACCCUGAUAAGGUUCCAACCUCAGAAAAAGCAGACGCCGAAAAAGCAUUUCAAAGUGAGAAUCUUUUAAGAAUCAACGUCGAACUCUCUGGCUAA